AUGGUGGUGUAUGCUGGCCAGGAGCACAUCAUCUACAGGGAGCCUAGGGAGCUCCUCACCAAGGUCUGGGUGCAGGAAGGGUACGGGGAGUACCGGCAGGUGCCCGGCAGUGUCCUGCCUGCUACGAGAGGCUGGGGGCCGGCUUUAAAAAACCGGGGGUCAGGAGCUAAUGGAGGAAGACCCAGGCCCGGCCCAGGGCCUGGUGGAAGCACAGCUGUCAGGGGCUGGGGAAGAGGAGGUCCCAGCAGCUUAGAUGAGGAGGGUUCGAGCACCUGGGAGGAGCCGGAAGUCACGCAACCCUCUCUCCAGGACAAACUCCACGUGAAAGUGGCUGCCCUGGUGGAGUUCCUGCUCCUGAAAUACCGCAACAAGCAGCCGACCCGCCAGGCAGAGAUGCUCGAGAUCAUCAGCAAAGAUUACCAGGAUGACUCCCCAGUGAUCUUGGGCCAAGCCUCCGAGUGCAUGCGGCUGGUCUUUGGCAUGGACGUGAAGAAAGUGGACCGCAGUGACCACUCCUACAUCCUGGUCAAUGUCCUGGGUCUCGUCUGUGAUGGGAUGCUGAGCGGUGAGCAUGGCAUGCCCAAGACCGGCCUCCUGGUUUUGGUCCUGUGGGUGAGCCUCCUGCAUGGCGACCGUGCCCCCGAGGAGGAGGUGUGGGAAACGCUGGGGGUCAUGGGGGUGUAUGCCGGCCAGGAGCACAUCAUCUAUGGGGAGCCCAGGGAGCUCUUCACCAAAGUCUGGGUGCAGGAAGGGUACCUGGAGUACCGGCAGGUGACUGGCAGCGACCCUGACCGCUACGAGUUCCCGUGGGGUCCCAGGGCCCAUGCCGAUCCAGCAAGUUUCAAGUGCUGGAGUAUUUGCUCCGGGUCAGGUGCGGGCAGCUGGCUUCCUCCCUGGCCCUGUCUGAAGGAGCUGUGA